GGAUUUACAGUUUCGCGGGUUCAUUAAAAACACCGUAAAACUAGCAUAUUGUGAAGAUUUCAUGACAAUUUUCUAGUUUGAUCUCUGUUCUAGGAUAAAGGGAUGAAAAAUGGAUCUGCUGAUAAGAGUUCUAAAUUUAAUUCCAAAAAUAUACGACAUUCUGACAAGCUGAUACAUAUAAAUCCACCACAGAUCCAUUUUUCGGCCUAUGUCACUGGAGGACUGAAGAAACUAUUCACUAAGAUAACAUCCCAUGAUGCAUCAGUUCUUCCUUUGUAUGAGUACGGGCAGUUUACAGAUAUCCACGGCCAUUUCGUUCCAGAGAAGAACACUUUGUUAGCCUCUCGCUACCGAGUCCAGAGUAAGGUGUCCCCGAGGACGCGCGGACAGUCAUCCGUACAGAUCUUCGCAAAGGAUGAGUUUAACUCAGACUCCCUGGUGGUGAUCAAGAUACUCCACAAAAGCUGGGGGCACCUGGCUUAUCAGGAGAUCCACUUCCUGUGGUCCCUUAAGGUGGCUGACCCCUACAAGGCCUCCAGAGUCGUCCAGUUACUGAAUUUUUUUGAGCUGGACGACCACUUCUGCCUUGUGUUUGAGCCCCUUGUGCCUGAGCCCUUGACUCGAAUAUUCCAAGGAUUUCACAGAGACCAGUUGAUACCCAGCAUAAAGAAGGUGACUUUGAGACUGUUAACAACCCUCGGAUUUCUACAGCAGCAGAAUGUCAUUCAUGCUGACCUCAAACCAGAAAACAUUUUACUCAAAUCAGCCUCUGAUGUGAGCUCUGUGACAGUCAUUGAUUUUGGGAAUGCCAUCCACAACAAUUUUAAGGAGGUUGCCUUGUACUUCAAAGACUUUGAACUACAGACUUUGUUAUACAGAGCCCCAGAGGUUCUCUUUGGGAUUCCCUUUGGUACAGAGAUUGACCUUUGGUCUUUAGGAUGUAUCCUGGCAGAACUGUAUUCUGGAGCACCAUUAUUCCCAGGGACCUCCAAAAUCCCCAUCAUCAAAGAGAUGACCAGACUGUUGGGCCCUUUCCCAAGAGAUGUCUUUCAAAAAGGCAAAUUUUAUGAUGACCUCAAGGGAUACACCAAUGUCUGCGAGCAAAAAGAUGCCUCUGGUGUGCUGUUUAAGAAACUUGGGUGUCAGGACUAUUUGUUCCGAGACUUCCUCUCUGGUCUCCUGAGGUACAGUCCAGCUGAUAGACUGACACCAUUGAAGGCUGCCCAGCAUCCGUUUCUCGCCUCAGAACUACCUAUAGCAUUCCUCCUGCCCUCUACACAAAAUCUCCCAGUUUUAAACUCCUGUCCAAGGAAAGGCUCUCCGUCCGAGUCAGACCCCCUUGAGAUUGAUCAGCUGAAACCAAACCUACUGCACAAAGUCCACAUCCUCAAACCUAUAGACACUGAAGACUUCAAAACUGAGAAGGUUAAAAUGGUCGGCUCAUUUAGACCAAAUCUUCAGAAAAGUGUCUCCCCAAGGGGAACCAAGAGAUAUCAUUCUCUUCCAGAUGUUGAUAGACAACCAAAUAUGGACUUGAAAGUUCCCAGACAUGUAAAAAUUUCACCUUUCCAUUUUUCAAGUGAAAAAAAAUCUAGUCCAAAGGUUUCUCCUAAAGGACGAGCAUCUCAAACUGAUGAAAAACAUUCCAUCUUUGAUAAAUUCCGCGUAAGUUCAGAACAGCCAAAACGGCGUCAUAGCAAGUCACUUGAUGAAGUUGAGCAAAUGUCCAAAAAUGUAACUCCAUGGGAAGAGGAAAGCUCCAGCAGUAAUGACAGGCGAUUAAAAUCACUAAUGCAAGAGAUUUAUGAAGUUCAAGCAAUGGUUGAGAAAGACCUGGAUCAGAGGUCUCGGGGCAGCACUGAUAGCUUAGAGCUGAAGAGGAGGAGAAUUUCUGAUUCCCAGAUAUCAACACAAAGAAGAUCAGGAUCUCAUUCUUCAUUCAGUGAGAUAGAAGGAGUUGAUGCUGACAGAAAGAUGGAGAUAGACAAGAAGGAGUGUCCUCUACCUAGUCACAAAAAUUGUAGAGGGGCAGAAGGUGAUUACUGCUCAUCAAAGUCUAGUGCAAGUAUCAAAAGUUCUUGGCCAUGUGAAACAUUUGACAGUAUUGCUUCUAAGAAAUUAAAGUCCAGAACUCACUCAUGUGGUGCACUGAAGCAAAAUAUGGAGGUUGGCUCCAGAAAAUCUGAUGUGUUAAGUAACAGCAGCAGAAGGUUCCAGAUGGGAGCUCCCCCUAGCCAUUCUGGACUCUGUAGAAUACAGUCCAGCAAAAUAUCAUCCACUUCCUUAAAUUCCACAACAGAUCGCCCAGGUGUGCAACAUCUGCCAUCAGAGACAAUUAACAGGAGAAAUUUACAGCAGGCUUGGGAAGGAAAGGGAAUGAAUGUAAUGGAAAAAGAGAGGUUUGGAAAAGUUCAAUCAAAAGACCACUCAAGAGGAGACAGGAAACGAAGGGACAUCACUCCCAGUCCACAGAAUGAGGCGAGCAGUUCUGAAGAGGAGGAGAGGGACACGAAGAUGUGUAGUAACCCAGAACACCCAACUGACGGAAACACUAAACCAGGAAUAAGUUCUCCAGUCUACGGCAAAAUCAAGGCCAAUAAAUGGAACAGAGACUGGGGUGAUCUGACUGACAGAAACACCAAACCAGGAAUAAGUUCUCCAGCCUACAACAGAUUCAAAACUAAUAAACAGAAAGGAGACCGAGGUGAUCUGACUGACAGAAACACAAAACCAGGAAUAAGUUCCCCAGCCUACGACAGAAUCAAAAUGCAUAAAGGGAACAGAGACUGGAACGAUUUCUACCAAGUUAAAGAUACAAUUAAGUCAAACCACCCCGAGAAUCUUACAAAAAGUAAAAGGAGUUGGUCCACUUCUUUCGAAACCAAUGUUAACAUAGUUAGAGAUGAGAAGAAUGUACAUAAACGUGCUGAAUCACCGAACAAAAAGUUACAUAGCAUUGGCAGUAAAGCAGAUCCCAGAAAAAGACUGAUGUUCUCAAAUGCUCUCCACAUGAAAAAGAAAAAAAAAAGUGAAAGUAAAACAGGUGCUCAACGAGAGAAAUUCUUUGUUGGCGAACCAUUAUUACAAAAGAAAGAGGUUACAAGAACUGAUUCAAAGGAUCCCUUUUAUUUCUCCGAUACAAAAUUAUCAAAUGGUUUGAAGAGCAGAAGUGCCAGUGUUGAGGAGGACGUGGAAACUGUUGACUGUGACUCACCAGGUCCUUUACAGCGAGGACAUGAAGACGUGAUAGGACUCACAAAUCAUCAGGACAGUUUUAACUUGACCAAAACAAAAAAAUUAAACAAAAGACCAAAAUUUUCACUGGAUUGAUAAGUGCAGUUCAUUACCAUGUUAACUCAGGAACAAAUGUAAUUUCACUAUUUAUUAACUCAGGAGCUAUAAUGAUCAUCUUUUAUCUAUAUCCCCUAAAUAUACUGUAAACAUAUUACAUUUGGCUGUGUAUUCUUUUUAGCAUUUUUGGCGGAAAGCAAUAUCCGCUAAUUCAAGUACAACGCUAAAUGACUCUCACAUAUAUCGAAGAAGAUUAUUAAGAUAUGCACUAAAUCAAAUCGACGCGAACUUGUUCAAAAUCCAAUUUCCGCCAAAUAUCUUACGCGCCAAAUAUAGUACAUUUACAGUAUACCAGGUACAUAACUGAAGAAUUCACUUUCACCAGAAUGUAAAGAAUUAUUAUGUUUACAUUUAAUCAUGUCUCAAAUUAUACAAUAGCUUGUAAAUAAAUGAAAUGACAUAACUUUUCAUGGUUAUCAGAAAUUUAUAUCUUUUCAGUGAAUGGCAGUA